CGCUCCUCCCCCGCGCCCUCAGCCAUUUUAGCAGCCGGUACUGCCACCGGUAGCGCUGUGAUCUCCGCCGGCAACGCCGGGGCUGGGCACGGUCUAAUCAACACUGAAAAAACCUCAGUGAUCACUGAGACCCCUUGUGUCCACUGUUGGCUCUCAAAGGUUACUAAAAUUUUGCAGCUGCUCUGAAUCAGCUCUACCUAAGCUUCACCUCCUGUUGCUUCUCCCUGCACCACUCUGCACUGCUGCCUUGCUCUUGUCUGCUUCAGAACUCCAUAAGAGAGUUUCUCUUUUAAAUACCCACAAUGAAAUUUAGGCUAGAAAUGUGUGCCAUUCUCUUGCUGCCUGUGUACUUGUUAAUCUGGUUGUACAGUGUGCUGGUAUUUAUUCCCUGGUAUUUUCUCACCAACGCCAAGAAGAAAAAGGCUAUGGCAAAGCGGUUAAAAGCUAAACCCAUCUCGGACAAGCCGGGGAGCCCCUACCGCUCUGUCACUCACCUGGACUCUCUAGCAAACAUAAACAUCCCUGGAGCAGACACUCUGGACAAGCUCUUUGACCAUGCUUUAGCAAAGUUUGGGAAGAAGGACUGUCUUGGAACCAGGGAAAUUCUGAGUGAAGAAAAUGAAAUGCAACCAAAUGGAAAAGUAUUCAAAAAGUUAAUUCUAGGAACUUACAGAUGGUUAUCCUAUGAAGACAUAAAUGAGAAAAUCACUCACCUGGGGAAUGGGCUGACUGCCCUGGGACUGACCCCCAAAAGCACCGUUGUGAUAUUCUGUGAGACCAGAGCUGAGUGGAUGAUUGUGGCUCUCACCUGCUUCAAGUACAACUUCCCUCUUGUCACUCUCUAUGCCACCCUGGGGGAAGAGGCAGUGACCUAUGGUCUCAACGAGUGUGGAGCAUCAUAUUUGGUCACCAGUGUGGAACUCCUGGAGAGCAAACUCAAGACUGCACUGCCACAAGUCUCCUGUCUGAAACACAUCAUUUAUGUGGACAAGAAGACAGUCAGUAAAUCAGAAUACCCUGCAAAUGUGGAAAUUCAUAGUAUGCAGACAGUAGAAGAGCUGGGAGCCAAACCAGAAAACUCAAGCAUUCUGCCAAGCAGACCUGUUCCUACAGACUUGGCUUUAGUGAUGUACACCAGUGGCUCUACUGGGAGACCCAAAGGAGUGAUGAUGAUGCAUAAAAACCUAAUAGCUGGGAUGACAGGACAGUGUGAGAGAAUACCUGGACUGGGACCCAAGGACACUUACAUUGGUUAUUUGCCUCUGGCCCAUGUGUUAGAACUGACAGCAGAAGUUUCCUGCAUCACUUAUGGCUGCAGGAUUGGUUACUCCUCUCCUCUCACUCUCUCAGAUCAGUCAAGUAAAAUUAAGAAGGGAAGCAAAGGAGACUGUACUGUACUUAAGCCUACACUGAUGGCAGCUGUGCCUGAAAUAAUGGAUAGAAUUUACAAAAAUGUCAUGAGUAAAGUUCAAGAGAUGAACUACAUUCAGAGAACUCUGUUCAAGAUAGGCUAUGACUACAAAUUGGAACAAAUCAAGAGGGGAUAUGAUGCACCUCUGUGUAACAUACUAUUGUUUAAAAAAGUCAAGGCCCUGCUGGGAGGCAAUGUCCGAAUGAUGCUUUCUGGAGGAGCACCACUCUCACCUCAGACACAGAGAUUCAUGAACAUCUGUUUCUGCUGUCCUGUUGGGCAAGGCUAUGGACUGACAGAAACCUGUGGAGCUGGAACCAUUACAGAAGUUGCUGAUUACAGCACUGGCAGAGUUGGAGCUCCUCUUAUUUGUUGUGAAAUAAAACUGAGAGACUGGCAAGAAGGAGGCUAUACUAAUAAAGACAAGCCUAAUCCUAGAGGUGAAAUUAUAAUUGGUGGCCCCAACGUCUCCAUGGGAUAUUUUAAAAAUGAAGAGAAGACAACAGAAGAGUUUACUGUUGAUGAGAAUGGCCAGAGAUGGUUCUGUACAGGAGAUAUUGGGGAAUUUCAUCCUGAUGGGUGUCUACAGAUCAUAGAUCGUAAGAAGGACUUGGUAAAGCUCCAAGCAGGAGAAUAUGUAUCUCUGGGCAAAGUAGAGGCAGCACUGAAGAACUGCCCAUUGAUUGACAAUAUCUGUGCUUAUGCCAAAAGUGACCAAUCCUAUGUGAUCAGUUUUGUGGUCCCUAACCAGAAGAGGCUGACAGCCUUGGCUGAGCAGAAGGGCAUCAGUGGGAGCUGGGUGGACAUUUGUAACAAUCCUACAAUGGAAGCAGAAAUACUGCGAGAGAUUAAAGAAGUGGCAAACAAGAUGAAAUUAGAAAGAUUUGAAAUACCCAUCAAGGUCCGGCUGAGCCCUGAGCCGUGGACCCCCGAGACUGGGCUGGUGACAGAUGCUUUCAAGCUGAAAAGGAAAGAACUGAAAAACCAUUACCUCAAUGACAUUGAAAGAAUGUAUGGAGGCAAAUGAACAGCUCAGCUGACCUGGCAGCUGUGCAGGUGGCUCCUUCUCAUGCCUCAGUUUUGGAUGUCUGCACUGUAGAUAUCACACAUUCAAAAAAUACACCAAAUGGACAACUGUUUCUGUAGCUGCUAUCAAGUAAACCAGAAUAUCUUACACUCCAAAUUGUUAAUUGUUAGCAGAUUAGACACUGAUGGUCUUCAUAGUUUUGUGUGAUCAUCUCCAGUUUUGAGACAGACAUCGUUAUGUGAAGCAGUGUGACCAGGUAAUUGUAGUGUUUCUCUAGCAUAUUCAGACUGCUUACUCUACUUCUCUUUAACUCAUGCUGAAGACUGGCCUAUAUUUCAAAGAGGAAAAAAUAAUGUAAUUGUGAUGACUCUUCUGUCAUAAGACACUUGUAAUAAGAUAUUUCCCUCUAGCAAGGAGGGAAAAGGAAUAUCCAGUGUCUACCCUUCUCCAUUUAAAAACUACCAAGACAACAGCAGUAGUCAAGAACUUGCUAGAGAUCACUAAUAACACACUGCUUGAAAAUGGAUGGAUUCUUCUGCACAUCAGUAUCUUGAAUAUUUACAGUGCCUACAAAAGAAUAGACAGUACACUUACUGAAAUAAAGGUGAACUGAAGAGCUUUCUAAAAACAAGUUAUAAGAAAUUCCACUCAAGAGCAUUGAAUUAACUAUUUCAACUUCCAACUCACCAAACAGGUUUUUAAUUGCCACUGCAUUUUAAUUCAAGCAGAGCUUUCCACUGGACACAGAGUGUAAAAGAAAACAAAGACUUGCACAACUCUGGGGGUGCUGAUGAGAAAUCAGUGCCUGAAUGUAGAACUUGCAUCUGGACUGGCAAACAGCUGUGAAACUGAUGGGCAGUGGUCUCUAAACAGACUUGAAACUCAGAGUUUUUAGAAGUGUUUUGGUGGGUUUUUUUGAGAGGUGGUUGAUGUUUUUAAGGCAAUGAUUCUCUAGACCUUCACAAACAUGUGAGUACUGGUUACCUGUGUGUAACUUAGAGGAUCAGGUUUUAAAUGCCUGCAUUCCUUUAUGGAAGGUAUUUCUGUUCACCUUUUAACUGUGCUAAGCAUGAUAAGGCAACCAGAAACCAACAGGGCUUUCCCUGUCUAGCCUUGUUUUACUUACAGAAAAGUAGUCUCUGGCCAUGGAAUCUUUGUUUCCUGGAAACUUGUAAAAAGGGACAAAUCACUCUACAGAAAUUCAUAGAGUUCAUAGAAAUGUUCUCUUAUUAACUGGAAGUCACAGAUGUGAAGAAGGAGGAAGAUGUAAUUUAAUAAUAGUUCAUCAUUUUGUGUGCCGAAUCCUGUACUGUGUCUUCUUUUGAAUUGUAACUGAGCUCCUGCAUCCCUGUCAGCUCUUCACACUUGAACCAUAAGUGCUGUAAAAAGUGCAGGCUCUUGAUACUGUUCUACUUUGCACUUUCUUAAUCGUUUUAUAUAUGUUGCUUACAUUUUGUACAGCUGUGGCCCUCAACUGCUCUAUAUUGCAAAUUCAUUUGAAAGUAUUUAUAGAUUUCUAUUCAUAACAUUUGUGUUGUGUAUAUGAUGGUUAAAAAAGCUAUUUGGUAUUGUCACUGUACAGAAAGCAAAAGAUUUUGUACAUUGCUUCUCUUGAACACACGAGCUUGCAAUUUCAAGAGAAAUUUUUCUUUUUCUGCAUGUAUAUGUAUUUUUAUUUUCCAGUUAAAAUAGACUUUGUCAAAAAUAAACAAUGCCUCUAUACUCCUCAAGUAAAGCAUCCCUUUUCCUGGGGACCAACUUCAAACUUCACCAUGCACAAUUUUCUCAGGCUAGUGCAGAACACUGCCUGCUGGCCUUCUAAGAACCCCAAGGGGAAAGAGAGAAAGAAAAUCUGGUAUAUAAAGGUGAUGGUAUCCAGUUGUGCAUGGAACUACAUGAGUCACUAAAGGAAAUAGCUUUUAUAAAUUUUUUUUUUUAAGAUAGACACAGUUGUUUUUUCACAACAGGGAAUAUAUCCUAUAGCAGUAGCAACUUUUAAAAUUACUUGGUCCUGGAGCCAUGGUACCAAUUUUUCCAUGUUUUAAAACUGGUCUCUAUUUAGUAGCCUUUAGUCAGCCUAUUAGCAUCACAAAAGUGAAAUACAUGUAAGAAAGAUACUUACACUUGAGUCUGUCAGCAGGUUCUAAGACUAUAUUUUUUAAGCCAUGAAUGUAUUUAUAUGAAAUGUAUUUUAUCUUCUGUGUCUUGGUUGACUGAGGAUUGCUAUUUUCAAAAUAUAUGUACACACAUAACACAAUGUUAACAUUUCAAAAGUGGAAUACAGCUUAAAUGGUUCAACAAGUUUGUGUUUUUGAAGAUCUUUGUAUUGUUCCUGUUCUGUGCCUCACAUUCUGUCUAAAACUGAAUCUACCUUACAAAGCAGCAGCAAUGGGUCCAUACUUCAGGUAAUGAAAUCCCAGCCUCCAGCAGGCCUGGUAUUUUUUGUAAGGAAUGAACUAGAGCUGGAUGUACUGCAAAAGACAAUUUGCUACAUCAUCAGCUUUUCAAGCACCUUUGGGGAAGGAUUACAUCAGGCUGCCUUCAAAUAUGGGGAUUGUUUGCAAAUACCUUGCAGUUGGGCAAGAACUUUAUCCUUCAUUUUAAUGAAUCCUAAAUCCUUUUUGUGACAGAGCUUGUGGAGAAGAAACAAUGAGCAAGAAUGUUUAAUUUUUGCCAUUAAAAAUAAGGAACUAGGAUGCAGAUGAAGAGAUAGUAAAUAACUUCAAAAUCACUCUGUGAUAGUUACAGAUGCUGUUUAUCUUGUGGUGGGAUGAAAGAACACACACCACGGGACUGAAAUGUAAGGGAGAGGUUCAUGUACUGGUGAGGGUUCCAGAAGUUCUUCAGAAAGCAGGUUAAGAAUUUUAAAUUAUCCUUGUAAGACUGAAGAAAUAAGUUCAAAGAGAAACAAAAUGCAGUUUGGGCAUAUCUGGUGUAAGAUUGGAUUUAGGCUCUCUACCUCCAAAGCCAUGGUCUGUCUAGAGAAAGCCAGAGUGUAACUAGCACAGCAGGGCACUGGGGAGCUUCAGCUGUGAAGGGAGAUGAGUUGUUUAGCUGGCCUGAGGAGGAAUGGCAUGUGCCACAGAUGAUUAACCUGCAACUCCAUGCACAAGGCAUAAAGGGCUGGCCCAGGGAAAGAGAAAGAACAGGGUCUAAGCUUGCACAGUGCAAAGGAUAAUUUGGCAUUUUAAAAGAAACACGGGAUUUUAACCAAUUCCUUACUAAAUACUGAACUAGUGAAGUCUUCAGAGUCUCAGAGUCAAUGAAAGUUCACCAAGAGAACAGCCUUGGCACAGACCCAUUGGUGGGGCUGGCAGGGACACUGCCUGUAACAGGCAGAUGUCAUCAAGUGGCUUGAAAGGGAAAAAAAAAAACCAACUAAACAGGGAGAGGAUGGAGUUACUCCCUCAGGAGCAGGUGAGGUGGUGUUUAACCCCCCAUGCAGUCACAGUGCCCUUGCCAACACUCAGAGCAUAACCUGCAGGGCACUGCCUGCCAGCUCCCCAGCACAAACUGCAAUUCCAGCACACUGGCAGGAUAUAAAAGGUACAGAACACAGUUCACAAUGUGGGUCACUCAUUUUCACUAGGAAAAAAAAGACCAUAUCUACCACAUCUCAGAACAAGUUUCAAAUAACUGUUGUAUUCUAACAAUAAGAGUGUUGUUCUGCAAUUACAUGCAAAACAAGAAAUAAAUUCUCGUUAUGUA